GGCAGCCUGGGAAGCAGCGCCAUAUUGGCGGCGGCCGCGCUGUAUUGUCAUAAAUAGAGCCGGUUUUUGUGGUGUUUUCACUACUCGGUUGAAUGCCUCGGCUGUAGAGAGUGGGGAAGUGAGCGAGCAAGCGAGCUAUAAGCGAGCGAAAGGAAGUGGACAGAGGAAGGAAGAGAGGGCAAGAACAGGACCCCAAAGCGAAAGACACUGGCUGGAGAGAGACGCAGGAAGCGAUGAAAGAGAUGUCUGCAAACACUAUGCUGGACAGCCAGCGUCAACAAAAGCAUUAUGGAAUUACCUCUCCAAUUAGUUUGGCAUGUCCUAAAGAAAUUGAUCAUAUUUAUACACAGAAAUUAAUUGAUGCCAUGAAACCAUUUGGAGUAUUUGAAGAUGAGGAAGAAUUGAACCACAGGCUGGUUGUUCUUGGUAAAUUGAACAAUUUAGUAAAAGAAUGGAUUUCUGACAUCAGUGAAAGUAAGAAUCUCCCACCUUCUGUUGUGGCUACUGUUGGUGGUAAAAUUUUCACAUUUGGAUCUUACAGGCUUGGAGUACACACCAAAGGAGCUGAUAUUGAUGCACUUUGUGUAGCCCCAAGACAUGUGGAGAGAUCAGAUUUUUUUCAGUCCUUUUUUGAAAAAUUGAAACAUCAAGAUGGUGUUAGAAACUUAAGAGCUGUAGAAGAUGCUUUUGUACCUGUCAUAAAAUUUGAAUUUGAUGGUAUUGAAAUUGAUCUAGUCUUUGCAAGACUGGCAAUACAAACCAUAUCAGAUAAUUUAGAUCUAAGAGAUGACUCUCGCCUGAGAAGCCUCGAUAUACGGUGCAUUCGAAGUUUAAAUGGAUGUAGAGUUACUGAUGAAAUUUUGCACUUAGUGCCAAAUAAAGAAACUUUUAGACUUACUCUAAGAGCAGUCAAAUUAUGGGCAAAGCGCCGUGGUAUUUAUUCCAAUAUGCUGGGGUUCCUUGGUGGUGUCUCCUGGGCAAUGCUGGUAGCCAGAACUUGCCAACUGUACCCAAACGCAGCAGCUUCAACCUUAGUCCACAAGUUCUUCUUAGUUUUCUCCAAAUGGGAAUGGCCAAAUCCUGUGCUGCUGAAGCAACCAGAAGAAAGCAACUUGAAUUUGCCUGUCUGGGACCCGCGGGUAAAUCCAUCAGACAGGUAUCAUCUUAUGCCAAUAAUUACCCCUGCCUACCCACAACAGAAUUCUACGUAUAAUGUGUCUACAUCAACUCGAACAGUAAUGGUAGAAGAAUUUAAACAAGGUCUUGCAGUUACAGAUGAAAUUCUUCAAGGGAAAUCAGAUUGGUCCAAACUAUUAGAACCACCAAAUUUCUUUCAAAAAUACAGACAUUAUAUAGUGCUGACUGCCAGUGCAUCGACAGAGGAGAAUCAUCUGGAAUGGGUUGGAUUAGUAGAAUCUAAAAUCCGUGUACUUGUUGGAAACUUGGAACGGAAUGAAUUUAUUACUCUCGCCCAUGUGAAUCCCCAGUCAUUCCCAGGAAAUAAGGAACAUCAUAAAGCCAACAAUUACGUAUCAAUGUGGUUCCUCGGGAUAAUUUUUCGGAGAGUAGAAAAUGCAGAAAGUGUUAACAUAGACUUGACAUAUGAUAUACAGUCAUUUACUGACACAGUGUACAGGCAGGCGAACAACAUCAAUAUGCUGAAGGACGGGAUGAAGAUUGAGGCCACUCACGUAAAGAAAAAACAGCUUCACCAUUACCUACCCGCGGAGAUUCUUCAGAAGAAGAAAAAGAGUCUUUCUGAUGUGAGUCGGAGUUCAGGGGGCCUUCAGUCCAAAAGAUCGUCUCUGGAUAGCAAUUGUCUGGACAGCUCCCGAGACACUGACAGUGGAACUCCCUUUAAUUCUCCCGGGUCUGCACAUAAACCUUCCAACCCAGACAGCCCCACAGGAGACGCAGAGAGGAGUAACGCGGAGCCCAUGGCUGUGAUUGUGGAGAAGCUGCCAAGUGUUCCCCCCGCGCAGGGGCUGUCCAUUCCAGUCAUUGGUGCAAAGGGUGACGCUGCAGUCAAAGCCGUGUCCUCCCCAGCCGUGUGCACCAUUCCUACUGUAGUAGGACGGAGCGUCAUUCCUAGAGUCACUACACCCCACAACCCUGUCCAGGGACAACCACAUCUAAAUGGGAUAUCAAAUAUUACUAAGAAUGUUACACCCAAAAGAUCCCACUCACCACCUACAGAUGGGACUGCUAAGAGGUUGAAAGACAUAGAAAAGUUCAUUCGACUUGAGUCAGCAUUUAAGGAGUCCCGUGCUGCCGAGGACAGGAAAAGAAAGCCAAUGGAUGCGAUUGGUGGAGAAUCUAUGCCCAUUCCAACUAUUGAUACAUCACGCAAAAAGCGACUACCCAGUAAAGAACUGCCAGACUCAUCAUCUCCAGUUCCAGCAAGCAACAUCCGAGUCAUCAAGAACUCCAUCCGCCUGACCCUUAAUCGGUAAUAGCAGUGCCACUUCCCUGAGGUGAGCAUGCGGUCAUGAGGUGCACCGAGGGCAGCCAGUCUUCAACGGAGAGCCAGCUGCCGUGCAGAUAGGUGGCGGGGACAGUCGUCAGCCUACUCACCUCGGAGUGAGGUGACGGAGCUGCUCUCACUGAUUGCUGGGCACACUGAGGACACCUGCUAGUGAACGUCACCUACAAUAUUAUGGCUUUGCAUUUUGAGGUUUUACUGCCUUAACUUUUGAUGUUUGUUUCUGUUAUGGGAACCAGUUCUUGGCCACUUGGACUCUGAUAAAAACAAGUCCUGAACUGUUUGGUUUUUUUUUUUCUUUUUUUUUUUUUUUAAGUCUUGUGUUGUAAUCAUUGUAUAGAACUGAAAAAGUUAAAAACAAAAAAAAAAAAAAAAAAAAAAAAACCCGUCUUGUAAUUUUCUAAAUGUUUGUGUGUUUACUUUAGCAUUGAAGCCACUUUGUGAAGCUCGAGGUUGGUGAAUGUGAGGUGUCUCUUCUGCUCCUUUGUUUGUGUAGAUGUCUAUUUUGUUUAUUUAAAUUAUUUUUUCCAAACUGGCACAUCAAUAUUUAAACUAUUUUUUGUGCUUUUGUCCAGAUGUUGCAUAGUUACCGGGAGGCUUAGUCCAGUGACGACACAGGAACUGGGCACCGUAAAUGUUUUGCCUCCCAUGGAGGCCUUCAAAAUGCAUCUUUAUUAAAAAUCAAACCAACCAGGAUACUGAAAGUCAGUAUAUGAAUGGUGAAAUUGUUACAUAUCGUACUAUCUCAUGACAUUCUUGUUAGUUGAUUGUCUUUUCUACAGAGGAAGAAUUCAUUCCACCAUCAAUGAUAAGAUCCCUUCAAGUAUAGCAGACUUGUAUUUUUGAAGUAUAAAAGUAACUCAGCAUGACAGCCCCUCACCAUAAUUCCCACAGUUGCCAACAGUUUCUUCAUGGAUUAGGCAUGCAGAAAUAAGCAGUGGAUUUCAUGGAAACCUCAAGGCAUUUUUUGGAUGACAUUGUUACCAACCGUUAAUUGGCUCAGGACCUUUGUAGUUUUUAUUUAACUAUAUGAGUUGUCUUUUUUUACACUGCUUUUUUCAGUGCAUUUCUUAAUAUUUUUUUAAGUUUCAUGAAUGCAUGCUCAGUUUAUUAAAAAUCCACAACCAUGUAAUCUUGUAAUCUGUUGACUCCGUGUUUUGUAAAUGAAGUCGUAUGUAUUUUCAGAGUAUUUUUGUAUGUACUGUAAGAUAUCAUCUUUUCAAAGAGAAACUUUAAAACCUUU